AUGGAGACGGUGAAAGCUGAGCAGUUGGUGCCCCCCCCCAGUAAAGAAGCUCCUCCUGCAGCCUCCUCCUCCUCCAACAACCCUAUGGACGAGUACAAGAGGCGGCUGGAGAAGAUCCUCAGCUCCCACGGCUCUGCAUCCGGCCUCCUGGACAAACAGAGUUUGAUGGAGGCAGAGGUGGAAAAGAUGAAGGCGGAGCCGAAAGAGGAACUUCCCGUUGCGAUGGAGAAAGAGGUGUGUCUCAUCAUGAAGAGUCUGAACAAGGGCUCUUCUCCAGCCAAGAAACUGGAAGAGGUGGUCAGGAAAUACGCCGAAGUGGCGGUGCAGCGGCGCGGCGAUGAGAGGAAGGUGUGUGUGUUGCAGCAGCAGAUGUCCAUGCUGCUGGAGGAGAGCCGAGGCAGCGCGGCGGCUCGCAGCGAGCUGGAGGCGCUUUGUAGAGAACUGCAAGGACACUACGACACACUGAGGGAGGAAACCCUGAAACGCUGCAGGGACGACGAGGAGAAACGCUCUGAAAUCACCGGCCACUUCCAGAGCAUGCUGACAGAAAUCCAGUCUCAGAUCGAGACGCACAGCACCCGAAACGACAAGCUGUGCCACGAGAACAGCAACCUGACCGACAAACUGGAGGGCCUGAUGUCCCAGUGCGAGAUGAGGGAGGAGAGUUUGGAGAAAAUCAACAAACACCGCGACCUGCAGCACAAACUGACCGAAGCCAAACUGCAGCAGGCCAACGCUCUGCUGACCGAGGCCGAGGACAAGCACAGGAGAGAGAAGGAAUACUUACUGGUUCAGGCUGCUGAGUGGAAACUUCAGACUCAAACACUCAGGGAACAGGGGAACUUGAUGCAGGUGCAGCUGACCCUGUAUGGCCAGAAGUUUGACGAGUUUCAGGCGACGCUGUCCAAAAGCAAUGAAAUCUACGUCCGCUUCAAGAACGAGAUGGAUAAUAUGUCAGACAAGAUGAAGAAAAUGGACAAAGAGUCAACUCUGUGGAAGACGAGGUUUGAGAACUGCAACAAGGCUCUGAAUGAUAUGAUUUCUGAGAGAACCGAGAAAUGCAGAGAGUACGACAUUUUCGUCCUGAAAAUUAAUAAGUUGGAGAGGUUAUGUGACGCCCUCCAGAGGGAGAGGGGAAUGCUCUAUGAAAAGAUCAAACAAAUCAGCAAGAAUAACUCCAACGUCUCAAUAAAAAUCUUCGGUGACAAAUCUUCUGACCUGAGCCCGUUUGAGCAACAGGAGCUCCAUGAGAUCGGGAUUGAGGACCCGGUCUUGACGGAGGAUAUGUCUCGUCUGAAGGAGGAACAGACAAAGCUGCAGGAGUUCGCCAACUCCCUGUUGAAUGCACCUGCCCAUAAUGAUGAAGAGGACAAUAAGGAGGAAGAAACAGAAGAGGACUUGGUGGCUUCUGCGUUUGACCAUUUCCAAACCAAACCUCAGGUCAAGCAGGAGCAGGUGGUAGAUGUCAAGUCAGAGGAAUCAGUUGUGCCACAGUCAGAUCAAGUUACGGAGCCAGCAACGUCUUCACCAGUGGAGAACACUUCUGAAGUGAUGCCAACAGACACAAAACCAGACGUGGAAAAAGUCCCAACCCAGGUCAUGGACAAAGAGGUGCAACCAGUCAAAGCAGAGGAGGAGAUCCUGAUGAAACCUGCUGAACCAACACCUGAGCCGGAGGAAGUCAAGAUCGAUCCACCAACAGAUCCAAAACCAAAAGCAGUAGUAGAGGCUAAGGUUGAGGCUGAACCAGUGAAAGAGCAGAAGGUCCAGGCUGAACCAGUGACAGAGCAGAAGGUCCAGGCUGAACCAGUGACAGAGCAGAAGGUCCAGGCUGAACCAGAAGAAGCACCAACCACUUCACAAUCAGCUCCACCCUCCAAAGACACACCGAAAACGGCUGCCGCUUCCAAUGCCGAGUCCGCAAAGAAGCAAACCCCCAAGAAAAAGAAGAAGAAGAACGCCAAGAAUGCAAGCUAAAGUUUUAAAGGUUUUGGGUAAAGUGUGUGUGCGUAGCUGAACGGUGCCUUUAGUUUGUCCCAAUUGUCACUUCUGUUGAGAUUCAAUGUUCUCAGAUGAGGACGGUCAAAAAAGACUACAGUCUGAAUGUCUCCUUUGGCCUGGUGGAGAGAGUGAUAAGCCCUACUACAGAAUGACUCCAUCUAAAUUAUUAUUAAAUAUUAUUAUGUUUUUGUCUUUUGCCAAAACAAAACUCCUUGCUUGGUAUCUGUGCCAGUACAAUUGCUGUGUCUCUUUUAAACAAAAAAAAGUGUCUCCAAUAAAGUCAUUUUAU